UUAGUUUCCCGCUAUUCUCAAUGUAAUCCCGUCACUUGGCGUGGCGUUUGAGUAUAGUUCAUUCGGCGGUGUGCAGAGUAGUCUAGUCUAGUCUUGUCUAAUCAGUCAUGAUGAUAACUUCAACUCAGAAACCAAACAUUUCUCACACCAAAAUCUCUAAACGUAAAUAUUACUAUCUCUAUACAAAACUCAAUCCGUCAUCAAAAAGGAAGUUCACAGGAGAAUUGAUGAGUUCAACCUCAAAAAAGAAGUUAUGGUGAUCAUUAGCAGAGAUAAGCUUGGAGAUGAGAUAGAAGGUGGUGGUCAAGUGGUUGAAAUGGCACAUUCUGGUUAUUACAAACAUAAACCUCCCGAGAAAGAUUUGAUUGAUUUGGUGUUCUCUUGGACUCUUGAGGAUAUAUCCAACGACGAGUUAUAUAAAGAUCAGGUGGAAAAGAUCCCUGAACGUUUCCAGUCAGUGGAGGACUACCUUGGUUCUUACACCUUACCGUUAAUAGAGGAAACUCGUGCUGAAUUGUUUUCGAGUAUGGAAGUGUUACUUGAUGCACCGUAUGCUGAAGUAAUCUCAGUGAAGGAGUCUGCGCCACAUGGUUCAUUUCUGUAUGAGCUUAAAUUUGAUUCUUGGAGGAACAUAAAUAGUGGUAGUGGCAAAGAGCCAUACUCUCCCAAAUGUGGUGAUCUCUUUGUGUUGUCUGAUGUGGUACCUGAAGUUGCCUCGGAUUUGGAGCAGUGUGUAAGGACAUGUACUUUUGCUCUAGUCAUGAACGAUAAGGAAUCUAAUGCUACAGAAGAUGAUAAAAUAUCUGGUUAUUUGGGAUUCCGGACUUCAAAGUUGGUAGAGGCUAACGAAGGCAUGCGGAACUCCAUUUUUGCUGUGUUUCUGGUUAAUAUGACAACAAAAAUUAGAAUGUGGAGAGCAUUACACAUGUCUGGGAACUUACAGAUCAUCAAGGAAGUUUUGUGCUCCAACUCCAUGGUCGAAGAAAUCUGCAAUGUUUGUUCGUUAAAAGAUGACAGCGCUGGGGAUGAACAACUUGGCCGCAGAUUAUCAUUAGUGCUUGAUGAGUCCCAGACAGCUGCAGUACUUAGUUCUAUUUCGGCAGCGUUGUGCAAUCAUAAGUCUUCUAUUAAACUUAUUUGGGGUCCACCUGGGACUGGGAAAACUAAAACUCUCAGUGUCUUGUUGUAUUCCCUCUUAAGUAAGAGCUGUAGAACACUUGCAUGUGCUCCAACAAAUGUUGCAGUUAAGGAAGUGGCCUUGCGCGUCCUAAGGCUUGUUAAAGAUCCUUACCACAUGAAUCCAGGACAGGAAGAGCUGUUAUGUUCACUGGGAGAUUUGCUCUUAUUUGGCAGUAGGAAUCGAUUGGAAGUUUUUGAUGAUCUUGAGGAAAUUUAUUUGGAUCAUCGUGUGGACAGGCUUGUAGAAUGUUUUGCGCCACAAAACAAUUGGAAGAAGUGCUUUAAUUCCAUGAUAAAAUUCCUUGAAGAUUGUGUGGCUCAAUAUCGUUUAUUGGAGAGUGAAUCAGUUAGCGAGGCUAAACCUAGUGCCAGCAGUGAUUCAGCCUCUGUUCCUAGUUCAUUUCUUGUGUUCAUAAAAGAUAGAUACACAGCCGUAGUUUCUCUGAUGUGUUAGUGAUUUAUGCACCCAUCUUCCAUAAAGACUUCUGUU